AUGACCCACAGGUCCUCGACCCGCGUGAAGAUCCGAGUCGACUGCUCUUGGUGGCCCGUCUGUGGCGUGGCCCAGCGUCUGGUCGCCCUGCAGCAGAGGGAGGGCCCGGCCCCGUCUGGCCGGGUCAGUCGGAGGCCCGCGCCGCGGGGCUUUUCCCAGGUCCCAGGUCCCGCGACUCCGGACGAUUCGGCCAAGCAAGUGGAUGAGAGGUCGGCCCCUCGGCCUUCUCCGCGGCUCCGGGCCCUGCCCGGGGACCUUCGACGUGCCCCGCCGGCCGUUCCUGGAGCCAGGCCGUGGGACGCCACGGAGAGCGUUCGGCAGCUACGGGUGCCUAAAAAGCCAUUCAGGGGCUCUGAGGGCGGGGGCGCAGUGGAGCCCCCGGCAGUGUCGCGGCGCGCUGGCCCCACGUCGCGCCUGCUGAGCCCCGCCAGCCCCACGCCCGCCGGCCAGCGCAUGGCCCCGGCGUCGCUCGGCAUGAACCCUGUUGGGCUCAGGACGUGCAGCAGGGACCGUGCGGGGUCCGGCCCGUUGCCCUUCAGCGUCAAGUCGCUGCUGCAGGCAGAGCACUGGCUGGGCGCGGAGCCCGCGGAGCCCCGGGAGGAGAGGCCGCGGGGCGCCGCGGAACCCCGGGCCUGGGUCCCGGCGGCCGCCCCCUUGUCCUCCCCACGCGCCCCCAGCCCUCCACCCUGCACCCUCAGGAAACACAAGAACAACCGCAAGCCGCGGACGCCCUUCACCACCGCGCAGCUGCUGGCGCUGGAGGGCAAGUUCCGCCAGAAGCAGUACCUGUCCAUCGCGGAGCGCGCCGAGUUCUCCAGCAGCCUGAGCCUCUCCGAGACGCAGGUCAAGAUCUGGUUUCAGAACCGCCGGGCCAAGGCCAAGCGACUGCAGGAGGCCGAGCUGGAGAAGCUGAAGCUGGCGGCCAAGCCGCUGCUGCCCUCGUUCGCCCUGCCCUUCCCGCUGGGCGUCCACCUUCACGGCUCCCCGGCCGUGUACGGCAGCGCGGCGGGCUCCCUGCCGCAGGUGCCGGGACUCCUCGCCGCGCCCGUGGCCGCCUACGGCAUGUAUUACCUGUCCUAG